AUGGAUUACUUUGGAAUCCAGAGGGGCUCUAUUCGUGCCCAGGCGUUGAAAAAACUUGCUAGAAGCACCAUUGGAACUUUAUCGGAUGCUUCUGUGUCCAGUUUUGGUGACAAUUUCUCGAGACUUUUAGGCGAGACUGCCGAAAAUGAUGAUCAAUUGGAUGGGUCCCCUAAACAUUUGUCUCGUGUAGCAAUCUCCUUGAAGGAGUAUGAGGUUCUCAAUGCCUUGUGUGACGCGAUAGUAGGGGACGAUAACAAUGUCAAUCCAAUGAUUUCUUCUCAACGGUCCGAACAGCAAGUUCAAUUACUCUUGCGUAAAUUUGGUUUGUAUUUAAAAGAAUUACCAGCUCAGAAAUUUGCCAAAAGCAUACUCUCUGGCUAUGUGAACACUCGUGCUAGUAAUCCCAGUACCCCUUCAAGUAACACGACUUUGGGAGAUAGUGAGCAUUUAGGUACGCCUCCAAAUUCACCAUGGUUGGAACUUGCAGACAAGUUAACCUCGGCUAUUGUAGCGCUUUCCAAUUGCUGUAACAAAAAGUUUCUUACUCAGUCCAUUGAUAUCCUUCAUGACUUCAUUCAGACUUUUUUCCAUGAGAGUAACGACUUGAAAAUGUCUCAUUAUUUGCUGUUACUCGGGUUUAUUCGUGCACUUACAAGAAACUCGUCCAUUUUGAUCGAAUCAAAGGAGGCUUUCAACGUCUUCAUUUCUUUGGACUCAAAGAUCGACAACCCAAAGUUUUUGAAUGGGGUGGAAGUCUACUCCAACGCAAACUACCUGGCCGCUAUUGAUGCGGAGUUUGCUAUGGAAUUCUCCCCUAUCUUGUAUAUUGGAGGAAUGAGUAAGUUGAUGGUGGGCAUUCUCAAGGAAAUUCUUGUGAGCGGUACAACCUACAGUGGCACUUAUGAUACGGCAAAUGGUUACCUUACUGACAAUAUUGACCCAUUUUCAAAGGAUACCAACUCCUCAGCUCCCUUGAUUGAUACCUCGGUCACUAAUUCUGACUCUAUUCGAUCUACUUCACUUCUUGAAUACAUCUUGCAGAAAGUUGGAAAUGAAGAAGCAUCUUCAAAAGACCCUAAAGUCGUUGCCGGUGGUCGUAGAUCUUCAGGUGACUCGGUCCCAGAGAGCCUGGGACUCGAAAUUUCUCCAGACCACUAUCCUCUCAUCAAGAUUCUUUCCGAUAUUGCCAUUCAGAAAAUGGAGUUCCUUGAUCGUGGAGAAACCUACAUUGUUUACUCUACCUUCUCUCGUCUUCGUAUUGGAUACCUUGCUAAGUCAUUUAAUCUUCAAGUGAUUGGUUGUGGUAUGUUUACCGAUAAUGUGCCUCUCAAAGUUGCCAAAAGAAUCUUCAAAAAUUGCUUGAGCAUUUACGAUGUUAUGUUAGAUAAUAAUUUAGGUCCUAGUGUUAUCCAAUUAGGAGCUUUAUCUGUUUAUAAGGAUGACCACAUUGGUCUGUCCUUGACUAGAGCAUUCACUUCUUUGGUGGCAAACCCUGAAUUUGACAGAGAAUACUGUAUCAGUGCUUCCAAGAGCGUUGGUUUGGCUAGUAGAAUUUUGAGUCAAGAUGCGGUGGUAACUACCAUAUACACAUUGGCAAACUUGUUGUUUGUUGGUGGAGAUACAGGUAGAAUCAGAAGAGGUAGAUUGGAAGAAUUAAGCAGAGUUCCAAGUUCAAAUUCUAUGCGAAGCUUGACCGAACCUCCAAUGUCAGCAAAUAAUAACUCUUCGAUGGGUCCCGCUGAGACUAGACCAAAUGGAGACUAUCCUAAUGUAGCCGACGCAUCAUCUACUAUUAAUGGUGGUGUGGUGGCUCAUGGUGUUUCACUUGUAGCAAAUGGAACUCCAGGAGCACUUUCCGAUUCUGAUCAUAUUCAAAUAUGUGAAAACUCGAUUGUAUCAAUCUCCAACAUCGUUUCCGCUUGCAAUGAUGAAACCGUAACUACUCUCGCGGUUACUAUCCUUUCUCAAAAGAUGUCAAAACCUGACUCUCGUAUCAGUCUUAUCCUUCUUAGUGGUCUUGUAUCUUGUGCACCUUCCCUUCCUGAACGUGAAUUCCUCAUUCUUAUGAGACUUCUCAACAAACUUGGGUCGGAAGCACGUAGCGCGCAGAACUAUCCAUUAUUUAAUGCAAUUGUUGAUGCAAAGGUUACGCUUUCGCGUAACAUUUCCCAAUCCAACCCUCUCUUUUACGUGUAUCUCAGAGACAUGCUUCAACAAAUUAUAAGCAAGGGUGAUGUUCAAGUGUUGGAACAUCAUCGUAGUCACGUUGAAAUCAAUGAAAUUGGUGAACAAAUUGGUGUGUUUCUCAAACCAUUGGCAGCCCUCUUACCUGAUGGAAGGGCCAAUCAACCAAAACUUCAAAUUGAAGACACUAUUACUAUCAAUUUAUUCCGUAAUAUUUGGUUCAAUAUGGUGGUACAUGGCUAUCUGAUAACUUCAAAAAUUGCAGUCAAAUAUGCACGCGAGUUGGAAAUAAUUGUCUACAAUACCCCACCAUUAGCCUCCGAGCUUUCUUGGGAUAGAACUGAAACAUCUCUUGAGCUUAAUACAGUACUCCGUCGUGGCUCUUCAAACUCUAAUGUUAAGGGCCACAAACAUAUCAUUGGCGGUAUCUUCGAUCUCCCAAGAGGAAUGCUGUAUCCUAAGUUGAUGUUCCUUUCUGCGACUGUCUUCGUUGAGUCCCUUCGUGUUAAGACAGGUGAUUGUCUGACAAUUUUAAUGUAUUUCAGUGACCCCUCGAUAAAGACAUCUGGUGUUGAUAAGUACAUUGGGUACACCUCUUUCAAAGUUGUGAAGGACUACAUCUACCUUGUACAGUGUGGUGCCAACAAGCAAUUUCUGUCUCAAAGUAUUGCCCAACAGCUCACCAAUAUGCUCGCAUUAUGUUGCCACCGAGUAGAGGAUUUGCAAGACGCAGCAUUACAAUGUUGUGAUCUUUUGAUCAAUAAGGUACCUCUGGCGUUAUGUUCAAGUAAGUCUCUCUUUGCCAUCUUUGACUUACUAAGCCUUCUCUUCCAGUCUGUGGUUGAUGCUGAUAAACACCAAUAUGAGCCUACCACUACAUAUACAGCUGCUGUGUCUAAGAUUCAACUUUCUCUUCUGGACUCUUAUGUAUGGAGAAACGAAACGUUUGAUCGUUUCCAUGAGAAAGCAAAAAAUUGGCUUCGUCUUGUUUUAAUGAGGGCUAACGGUGAAAUCAAAAGCUUGAUACAGUCAUACGUUGCAGAGGUGGACAAAUACGAAAUCCACCAACUGGUUCAAUUUGGGGUUCUGUUUGCAUUAGAAAUGGCAGGAAAUAUUCUGAUAAACUACAAGGAACUUUCGAAUGUAUCUCAAAUGGCAAUUUCCAAAUUCAAAACAUUCCCCGUAUCUCUUUCACUGUUUAGUAGAAGAAGUGGCUUGGUAAGCGACUUUUCCGACAAAGUAACAACUUACACUCUGGACUAUGUUGAGAGUGCUUUUGAAAAUGUGAGAAGAAGGAUCAGACGUUGCCGAGUUGCAGUUAAUGAUGAAAAACUCGGGGAUCCUAUUUUGAAAGACGUCCCACCCAAAUCUAGUGGUCCGGAGCUUAUUCUUCUUCUUUCUGAUUGUGCUGGUCUUAUGGCAAUUUCAUCCCAAAAUACGGCAGAAAUGGUAAGGUACCUUGUGGAAAUCCCGUUUAACUCGUUUGAUCGUACUGUAUUUAGUGCUGCUAUUUCAAUUUGGUAUUCCGUCAUGAGACAAAAAGAUGUUUCAGUCUUACUUCUCUCUGAGAUAGCUAAACGUUGGGAGCAAUCGAUUGAGCAACAAGUUGGCCUCUUUUCAACCGUGCAUGAUUUGACAAAGCCUGAAUUCCUGUUGAUGGAGUAUGCACCAAGUGACCGUAAAGUUGUGGUACGUUCUGCAGCAAUUGCUGCGGAUUCUUUUGAGCCCCAUUUACUUAUUAUCAGAAUGUUCAGUUCUGCAUUUGAGGCAACUCUUAAUCAAAGUGACCAUAUACUCAAAAUAUUUACACGCGUUAUAGAAUUUGGUCUUAAAAGACUUGGAAGUCCGGGUGAGGCUUCUACGCAUCCAUUUGCGAGACUUUCGAGGUUCGAAUUUAUCAGGUUUGCGUUUACAGUUUUGAAUUAUCAUAUCCAACUUGGAUCCCGGAGUGUACAUUAUCUCCUGGAAUUAAUAUUAAAUGCGCUGCUUUCGUGGUUUAAGAACCGCGCUAGCUUCCCAUUUGGAUCCAAUCUUUUAAAAAUCAAAGCUGACUUUGCGUUAUUGAAAGAGGUAGCAAAAUUAGUAAAUGGAAUGGAAACAUACAAAUCAGACAACCUUGAACUGCGUAAGGCUCUUCUACUUUUUUUCUUAGAUGAUGAGAUUGCCAAGAUUGCAGUAUGGUUAAACCCAUUGGGGACACCACAAGACACACACGGAACCUUUAUCUCUAAUCAUAUCAGCGGUCUGCAUAUUUCUCAGGCAUACAAGAUUGACCCCAGUCUUGCAGUUAGUUUGGCACUUCGUUAUAAGGUUAAGAACUUAGAUGAACUUCUUCAGAAAUUAAUCUCGUCUAACCCCCUCCCGGCAAUAUUUUACCCAGACGCGGUUCAAUAUUUUAUUGGCAUCAAUGCCGGGUCAGCAAUGCCACUGUACCAUUUGUUGUUCUGGGAGCCUCUAUCUCCUAUAGAUUCAAUUACCUUGUUCCUACCACCAUUUGGAAGCAAUCCUUACAUUUUGCAGUACACAAUGAGAUCUCUUGAAUCUCAUGACGUUAACCUUACAUUUUUUUACGUUCCGCAGAUUGUUCAAUCCCUUCGGUUUGAUGCAAAGGGAUAUGUUGAGCGAUUUAUUGUUGAAACUGCUCAGGUUUCUCAACUUUUUGCUCACCAGAUUAUUUGGAACAUGUUGGCAAACUCUUAUAGAGAUGAGGAACUGACAGAUCCAGACCCUCUCAAGCCUACCCUUGACAACAUCCAGGAAAUUAUGAUUAAGUCCUUUUCACCAAAGGACCUUGAUUUUUAUGAGAAGGAAUUUACGUUUUUUGAAAACGUCACGAGUAUAUCCGGUAAGUUAAAACCUUAUAUCAAAAAGACUAAGGCCGAGAAAAAAGUGAAGAUUGACAGUGAGAUGGCAAAAAUUGAAAUUCAACCAGGUGUAUACCUUCCUAGUAACCCAGAUGGUGUUGUAAUUGACAUAAACCGUAAAUCAGGAAAGCCUUUACAAAGUCAUGCCAAAGCUCCAUUCCUCGCAACAUUCAAAAUUCGUAAGGAAGUUCUUGAUGUGGAUAAAAAUGGUAACAUUAUUCAUUUCCCUCUUGAAAAGUGGCAAAGUGCUAUCUUUAAGGUUGGGGAUGAUUGCAGACAAGAUGUCUUAGCUCUUCAAUUGGUAUCCGUUUUUAGAACUAUUUGGGAAAAUGCCGGUUUAGAUCUUUAUGUCUUCCCAUAUCGUGUCACUGCUACUGCUCCUGGGUGUGGGGUAAUUGAUGUCUUGCCAAAUUCAGUUUCUAGGGACAUGUUAGGUCGUGAAGCUGUUAACGGUUUAUACGAGUAUUUCACUACCAAAUUUGGUCCUGAUACUUCCAUUGAAUUCCAACAAGCACGUAAUAAUCUUAUCAAGUCUCUAGCUGCAUACCUGAUCAUCCUGUACUUACUUCAGUUCAAGGAUAGACAUAAUGGUAAUAUCAUGUAUGAUGAACAAGGACACAUAUUGCACAUUGACUUUGGGUUCUGCUUCGAUAUUGUCCCAGGGGGAGUAAGGUUUGAGAUGGCUCCAUUCAAACUCACCCACGAAAUGAUUCUUGUGCUUGGAGGUAGUAGUAAUACGCAAGCGUUCCAAUGGUUUGAAGAACUCUGUGUCAAGGGUUAUUUAGCAUGUAGACCAUACAUGGAAACCAUUGUGCGUUGUGUCAAUCCUAUGCUUGAAAGUGGCCUUCCAUGCUUCAAAGAUACUACAAUCAAGAAGCUUCGCUCUAGAUUUGUUCCUUCAAAACUGGAGAAAGAUGCCUCAAUUCACAUGAGAGGAUUAGUUAAAAAGUCCAUGGAGAGCAUGUAUACCAAGGGAUAUGACGAGUUCCAAAGAAUUACAAAUGGAAUUCCUUACUAG